AUGAUCCAUCACUGUGUAUUCAUCACAAUUUCCUGUUCCAUAGGUCUCCUUGUGGGUACUCUUGAUGUCGUGUUGGACUCCAGUGCCAGAGUGGCACCAUAUCGAAUCCUCUACCAAGCACCAGACUCCUUGGUCUAUUGGACUAUCGCCUGUGGUUGUUCAAGGAAGGAAAUCACUGAGCACUGGGAAUGGCUUGAACAGAAUUUGUUGCAGACCCUUUCAAUCUUUGAAAAUGAGAAUGACAUAAAUACAUUUGUCAGAGGAAAAAUACAGGGCAUCAUCGCUGAGUACAACAAAAUCAAUGGCAUCAAGGAGGAUGAUGAUACAGAAAAAUUCAAGGAAGCCAUUGUGAAAUUUCACAAGCUAUUUGGGAUGCCAGAAGAAGAGAAAUUAGUGAACUACUACUCCUGCAGUUACUGGAAGGGCAAGGUUCCCCGUCAGGGCUGGGUGUAUCUCAGCAUUAAUCACCUUUGCUUUUACUCUUUUCUCAUGGGCAGGGAAGCGAAGUUAGUUAUCCGCUGGGUUGAUAUCACUCAACUUGAGAAGAAUGCUACACUGCUCUUCCCUGAUAUGAUAAAAGUGAGCACAAGGUCAAGUGAACAUUUCUUCUCAGUGUUCCUUAAUAUCAGUGAGACGUUUAAACUAAUGGAACAGCUUGCCAAUAUAGCUAUGCGACAGCUUUUGGACAAUGAAGGAUUUGAACAAGACAGGUCAUUACCCAAACUGAAGAAGAAAUCUCCCAAAAAAGUAUCUGCACUAAAACGGGAUCUUGAUGCCAGAGCAAAGAGUGAGAGAUACCGUGCAUUGUUCCGACUUCCCAAGGAUGAGAAAUUAGAUGGACACACAGACUGUACUCUCUGGACUCCAUUCAACAAAAUGCAUAUUUUGGGUCAGAUGUUUGUUUCUACAAACUACAUUUGCUUUACUAGUAAAGAGGAGAACUUGUGCAGCCUUAUUAUCCCUCUUCGAGAGGUGACAAUAGUGGAGAAGGCAGACAGCUCCAGUGUGUUGCCCAGCCCAUUAUCAAUCAGCACAAAAAACAGAAUGACAUUCCUCUUUGCCAACUUAAAAGACAGAGACUUUCUUGUACAGAGGAUCUCAGACUUCCUGCAACAAACCACUUCAAAAAUAUACUUGGACAAAAAUAUUUCUGGAAGCUAUAUCAGCUCAGAUGAUGAGGUGUUUACAAGAUCAAGUAGUUUAAUUUCUGCCAGCCCUCAUAAAAGCCUCAGCUCUGAGUCAGAGGGAGAGCGCCAAUUCAAUCUCAAUGACAAUGGCAUUCCAACAGCAACUCAAGCUUUAAUGACAAUGUAUCGGCGGAGGUCACCUGAGGAGUUCAACCCCAAGCUGGCUAAAGAGUUUUUGAAGGAACAGGCCUGGAAGAUUCACUUUGCUGAAUAUGGCCAAGGAGUCUGUAUGUAUCGUACAGAGAAAACCAGAGACCUUGUGCUGAAGGGCAUUCCAGAAAGCAUGAGAGGGGAACUUUGGCUACUGUUUUCAGGAGCCAUUAAUGAAAUGGCCACUCAUCCUGGCUAUUAUGAGGACCUAGUGGAGAAAUCGAUGGGGAAGUAUAAUCUUGCUACAGAAGAGAUAGAGAGGGAUCUGCACCGCUCGCUUCCAGAACACCCCGCAUUCCAGAAUGAGAUGGGUAUUGCUGCUCUAAGGAGAGUCUUGACAGCUUAUGCUUUUAGGAAUCCAAACAUAGGAUAUUGUCAGGCUAUGAAUAUUGUCACUUCAGUACUCCUCCUUUAUGCAAAAGAGGAAGAAGCUUUCUGGUUGCUGGUGGCUCUGUGUGAACGUAUGCUACCUGACUACUAUAACACAAGAGUUGUUGGAGCAUUGGUGGAUCAGGGUGUCUUUGAAGAGUUGGCUCGUGACUAUGUGCCACAGCUUUAUGACUGCAUGCAGGACUUGGGUGUAAUAUCCACCAUUUCCCUGUCCUGGUUCCUCACUCUUUUCCUCAGUGUAAUGCCAUUUGAAAGUGCAGUGGUGGUUGUGGAUUGUUUCUUCUGUGAAGGAAUAAAGGUGAUAUUUCAAUUAGCGCUUGCUGUCCUCGAUGCUAAUGUAGACAAGCUGCUUAACUGUAAAGAUGAUGGAGAAGCCAUGACAGUCUUGGGAAGAUAUUUGGACAGCGUAACUAAUAAGGACAGCACUCUUCCACCCAUUCCUCAUCUUCAUUCACUGCUUAGUGAUGAUGUGGAGCCGUAUCCUGAGGUGGAUAUCUUCAGACUAAUCAGGUCUUCCUAUGAGAAAUUUGGAAGUAUUCGAGCAGAUUUAAUUGAACAAAUGAGAUUCAAACAAAGGCUGAAAGUUAUCCAAACCCUUGAAGAUACUACAAAGCGCAAUGUGGUACGAACUAUUGUGACAGAGACUUCUUUUACUAUCGAUGAACUGGAGGAACUGUAUGCUCUUUUCAAGGCAGAACAUCUGACCAGCUGCUACUGGGGAGGAAACAGCAAUGCUAUUGACCGGCACGAUCCCAGCCUGCCUUACCUGGAGCAGUACCGUAUUGACUUUGAGCAGUUCAAGGGGAUGUUUGCUCUCCUCUUCCCAUGGGCGUGUGGAACUCAUUCAGAUGUGUUAGCUGCACGCCUAUUCAGGCUUCUUGAUGAAAAUGGAGACUUGCUCAUCAACUUCCGUGAAUUCGUCUCUGGGCUAAGUAAGGAGAAUUCACAGCACUUUCAAAAGAAUCUGACCAAAACAGGUGGGAUUUUUAGUGAAAUAAUUUUAUUGUAUUGCUUAGAUCCAUCCCCUGAGCAGGAAGAGCCAGACUCUGCUUUUGAAGCUACUCAGUACUUUUUUGAAGACAUCACACCGGAAUGUACACAUGUUGUCGGCCUAGACACCAGAAAUAAACAAGGAGUAGAUGAUGGCUUUGUUACAGUGAGUCUGAAAACAGACAAAGGCAAGAAGAGCUCACAAGAGAAUCGAAAUUAUCUGCGAAUGUGGAGCCAGGAGAAUAAAUCCAAAGCAAAAAACACAAAGGACUUGCCCAAACUGAAUCAGGGACAGUUCAUUGAACUGUGCAAGACAAUGUACAAUAUGUUCAGCGAGGACCCCAAUGAACAAGAUCUGUACCACGCUACCGCUGCUGUGACGAGCUUGCUUUUGGAAAUAGGUGAGGUUGGUAAGCUCUUCAGCACACAGCCCACAAAAGAGACAGACAGCAGCAGUAACAGCUGCAGCAAAGCUAUCGCCAGCGAGCUGUUUCAGAAGAAGGAGCACCAGCAGUACCCCCUCGAACAGCACAAGCCGUUCCAGAGCAGCCUGGUCAGCGGGGAUGAGGAGGCUGUUUGCACCGACAGCGCUCUGGGCAUGCAGAUGGAAGACAUUAAGCUCGAAGACUCUUCUCCCAGGGACAACGGAGCCUGUUCCUCCAUGCUCAUUUCCGAUGAUGAUACAAAAGAUGAUAGUUCGAUGUCCUCCUACUCGGUACUGAGCGCAGGUUCGCACGAAGAAGAAAAGCUGCACUGUGAGGACAUCGGCGAGGACACCGUUUUGGUACGGAGCAACCACACCACUUCUCUUCGUAGAAGCACUAGCAUCGACAGGGACUGGGCCAUUACCUUCGAACAAUUUUUAGCCUCCCUUUUGACUGAGCCAGCGCUGGUUAGGUACUUUGACAAGCCUGUGUCCAUGAUGGCUAGGAUUACUAAUGCUAAAAAUAUAAGGAUGAUGGGGAAACCAAUAACCUCAGCCAGUGACUAUGAAAUCUCUACUAUGUCGGGAUAAAAGGCAGUCGGGUUUUUUAUUUAUUUUUUUUAUUCUGUAUUUAUUAGUACCUGGCACCGGCCUUGGUAUUUUCAGAACAUGAUUGUUUUCACUAAUGUGAAAAUGUUUGGGUGCAGACUUAACUAUCUUGAAGUAUAAUCACUCUUUCUGUGGGAAAUGUUACACAAAUGCAAAUUUUAUUCAAAAUACAGAAAAAAACCCAGUUGUCGGUGAAGUGUGUGUAGUAUUAACCUUGCUGUCAAUAUAAAAUGGUAAAGAUUAGUUCUUCAUUUCUAAAUGUAAACUUAAUGCAGAUAUUUAUGUGCAUUUUUAAAACAAACAUAUAUAGAGAUCUGAUUCUUGGGGAAAAAAAAAAACAAACCAGGAAGUACCUAAAAUUUAAAGGGACACUGUCAACCUGAAUAGGACCUCAGGUGAAAUUAAACUCCAGGCAACAUCCCUGAAGGAUAAUUUUAUUUCAUAUAACUUUUUUUUUUUUUUUGGUCAAAGAGGAUAAGGGGUUUAACACAUGCUUCAAUUUUUUUUUUUUUUUUUUUUCUUGUAAUAUACAAAGAUGACUUCAGUGACACCUGCCUGGCUCUUAACUUCCUCUGCUUGAGACUGGGAUGCUCCAAUAGAAGCAAGAAGGCCAUCCCAAGCCUAGCUGGCACAUCAGGCAGAUGUAGUUAAAUGUGAUGAUUUCUGCUCCCACAGAAGGCAGAGCCCGUUGCGCCUUUCCCGGCGUUCAGCGUCCUCUGGCUGCGCCAAACCCAGCCCAGGGAGAGCCCUUCCCUUCCCUGGCUGCAGCCACCAAGGAAAGGUCUCCAGCACCACCCUGCCUGGAGCUGUAUUCCCAACCAGUGGACUUGGAAGCUUUGCUCCAGGGACAGUGUAUGCAGGUCCCAGAACAGAUUGGUAGAGUCUCUUUUUAAAAAUUGAAAGCUGUUUUUAAAAGUUUAAAAAAAAAAUUAUAUAUAUAUAUAUACUUCUAAGGCUGGAUCUACAGCAUAUAUAGCUUAGCUCUUAAAACUAACCUUUACCACCAACCUAUUAUAUCCUUGUUAGAUUAAGAAAAUAAAAACCUGUAUUGCAUAAGUCUUCAUUUACAACAGUGUAAAGUAUCAGUAAUGAAAAAAAAUCUGCAAGAUAAUGUAACUGAAUGUUUAAGUCUUACUGAGAACACUGUCACUUUAUAUAAAAUGAAUAGUAUCCUGUAUCAAUUUACUGAAUAAUAUGUUAAAAUGAAAACUGGAGCACCUGCACUUUGAAUCCUUGCUUCUUUUAUACAGAUAUUCAGGAUUUUUUUAAAUUCUGUUAGCUGUUUUUUUAAUUCAUAUUUUUUCAGUUCAGGAUCAUGCUUAUAUGCCUAAUCUUUAUUUGCUGUUUUAAGAACAUUUUCUGUAGAAUACCGUUGAUUUUUUUUUUUUUUUUAUAUACUCCUGUAUAUUGCAUCCAUGUAACUUGCAGAUUUUUUAGCAGAAGCUAUGUUUAAUUCUUUUGUCUUAAAAGAAUGCUUUUAAACUGUCAGAUGAAGUGGUUUUUAACCACAAAUAGGUAAUGUGAACAAAUAAAGUACACUCUGCACAGAUUUGGUUUUUAACUAUUAAAGACAUGCUAGAGGGAAAA